AUGCCACUUUGCCAGUCAUACACACGUUUCGAUGCGUGCCCUGAGCUGUACCGCUGGCCCUCAGUGGCGGAAGUUGGCCGUCGCGUGCUGGCGCUUCGCUACCGCCUGCUGCCCUUCUACUACACCCUUGUGCAUGCCGCCACCGAAACCGGCGCCCCUAUCUUCCGCCCCCUGUUCCUCAACUUUCCAGGAGAUCCCACCACCUUCCCUAACAGCAGGCAGUUCAUGGUGGGCGACUCCCUGUUGGGCACCCCGGUGCUCGAACCCAAUGUGACCACCGUCGAAGGCUACUUCCCGGCGGGUGUUUGGUACAACCUAUGGGACAACAGCACCGUGGACACCAG